AUCGUGAUUUACAGUCACACUUUUUCUUAUCUCAACGUGCUUUUACGUAUAAAUAUGGGCUACUGGUUUUAGUUCAGACAGCAGUUAAUCUGUGAAAGUAAUCAAAAUGCGUUGUCUAGUAUUGCUAACAUUUGUGACCUUGGCAGGUCUGGUAUAUUCGGAAUCUUGUACAGAUACGCGUUCAUGCUUUACCCAUGGUACAACAGAAUGUCAUCACCACUCGCAUGCUUUUUGCAACCCUACAAUCAACCAGUGUGUGUGUGCUACUGCUCCGGUAGGAUCUGGUGCAGCCUGUACGGCCAAAGAUGACUGUGCGGACUGCCAAAGUGGUGACCGUGACCAUAAACAUUGCAUAGAUGGGCAUUGUGCUUGCACGCAACACUAAAUGUAUAUUUGUUGCUUCAAAUAAAUAGCAAAUUUUA